CAGCUCCAUUCCACACUGGAAUCCCCCCUCCCCCUGCUCUCUGUGCUCAGUCAGUCCCUGAGCCUUAGCCUGUCAGCUGCCUCUGCAACGUGGCCUCGUCCUUUAGCCGGGAAACCCUCCCCUAUCUGACAUCCGUCGGAACCACCCAUUUCUCGGUCACAUGAUUGUGACAUCACGACUUCCUGCAAGCUGCUCCAUUCUAGCAUCUACCGGGGGUGCUCGGACCCGCUUCCGCCAUGUCCGACUUCGAUAGAAAUCCGUUUGCGGACCCGGACCUAAACAACCCAUUCAAGGAUCCUUCAGUCACACAGGUUACAAGGAACGUACCAUCUGGAUUAGAAGAAUAUAAUCCUUUUUCAGAUUCCCAAACGCCACAACCAGCAAAAGUCAAAGCUCCGACAGCAGCACCAAGCACACAGCCAGCGAUCAUGAACCCAACAGAAGAGCCAUCAGCCUACAAUGAAAUAGCUAAAGAACAUGCUAUAGCCCAGGCUGAGCUCCUGAGACGGCAGGAAGAGUUAGAGAAGAAAGCGGCAGAGCUUGAUCGCAGGGAACGAGAGAUGCAAAGUCUCAACCAAGCUGGAGGAAGGAAGAAUAACUGGCCUCCCCUCCCUGGAAACUUCCCCGUUGGGCCUUGUUUCUAUCAAGAUUUCUCAGUGGAUAUCCCAGUUGAAUUUCAAAAGACUGUAAAGAUUAUGUAUUACCUAUGGAUGUUCCAUACCAUCACCUUGUUUGUAAAUAUCUUUGGCUGCUUGGCCUGGUUCUGCGUUGAUACAGGACGAGGAGUUGAUUUUGGAUUGGCAAUCCUGUGGUUUCUGCUCUUCACGCCAUGUUCGUUUGUUUGCUGGUACAGACCACUCUAUGGAGCCUUCAGGAGUGACAGUUCCUUCAGGUUCUUUGUAUUCUUCUUUGUCUAUAUCUGCCAGUUUGGCGUGCAUGUGCUCCAGGCUGCAGGUUUUCAGGGAUGGGGAAACUGCGGGUGGAUUUCUGCACUGACUGGGCUGAACCAGAGCAUUCCAGUUGGAAUAAUGAUGGUCAUAAUAGCUGCACUCUUCACUGCCUCUGCUGUCAUCUCACUAGUGAUGUUUAAAAAGGUGCAUGGGCUGUACAGGACAACGGGGGCUAGCUUUGAGAAAGCUCAGCAAGAGUUCGCUACGGGAGUGAUGUCCAACAAGACCGUGCAGACUGCCGCAGCAAAUGCCGCCUCUUCAGCUGCCCAGAAUGCCUUUAAGGGCAACCAGAUGUAGGAGAAUCCAUCGGCAAGCAACCCCUAUUACUGUCAUGCUCUCUUCUUUCAUUUGUUUUUACACUUCCGACAAAGGACUUAUAAAUUGCACUUGCCUUGUGUAUUUGCUACAUUAUGCCCAACAACAAGUUAGUUUCCCAAAGACCCCCAGGUACUUAAAGGGGUUGUUAAUUGUGCAUGGGCUGAAUCCCUAAAGCCACUACAAACUCCAUCGACCCACUAAUUUGCAUUGAUCCGAACUGUAGGCUACAGGGGUUUUAACUAAAAAGAUUUUUUAAAUUGUGACAGUAUUUGCCUAUUUCCCCCCAUAACGAGCAGGCAUUUUCUAUUUUUCAGAGAAGUGGUUUUGUUAGCGCUACAUCCAUUUUAAAUUUACUGGUAGAUUGUAGUGGGAUUCUUAUGUUUUUUUCCGUUCCAGCAGCUGAUGAAAUGCUCUGUGAAUUUUUAGUCACUUUCGUUACGUUACAAUUGUUUUUUGUUUUUUUUUAUAAUUAUUAUAUUUUUAGUUGUGCAUAAUUUAACAGACUCCUCGUCAGGAUACGAGCACGGCUUGUACUUUCAAUGGGGUUUGCUCCUUAUUGCAUUUAGCCUGAUCCCUGUGUGUGUGUGUGGAUAGAAUUGUUGGUACAUUCUGUAGAAUGUCUAAUGCAAUGUACAGUUUCACUAGAGCUUCUGAAAGGGAACCCGUGGCAUUGUAUUUGCUGAUUUCUUUUCUCUUUGCCUGUGUGUUUGUGCUCUUUCUUUGCACACGUCCUAUUUGCCGGUUUAUUUAAUGCAGUGUUAUUAAUCUUUGUGUGCUUAGAAACUUGUUUUCACAUGAUGCACUUUUUGUUUUCCGCUGGUCAAUUGUUCUUUGCCCUGUGCUUGUCUGUUACAGCAGUGAAGACACUAAAGCUGCCCACACACGUUGGCUUCUGCCCGCUUGCUGAGGUUGCCCGUGUAUUAAACUAAUGCCAAAUACACUGGCCCAGGGGCCAACAAUCAAAUCAUAUAUAAGCCUAUGGAGUCCUGUAUCAACCGACGAGUUAAUGAAUUCCUCCUCUAUGGGAUAUUCAAACCUGCCCAGUUUUGGGCCAGAUAUCAGUCAGACCUCAUCCAUGGGCCAGUAAGAUCCAAUAAUCAAGGGAACCUGUUCUCUUCUGUAAACCAAUACUCAUUUCUCCACUGAGCACCUUCUUCUAAAUUCAAUAGCCCAGGCCAUGACACCAACAAAUGAAAGUGGUUUAAAUGAAUGAAAAUAAAAGUGUUGGCCACUUUGGUAAAACUAGUGUGUUUGCAUCAGAAAAGCUACUAUAGUUUAUAUAAAUAAGCUGCUGUGUAGCCACGCGGGCAAUUGAAAUAGGGCAAAUGGCACAGGUUAAAUAGCAGAUACCAGAUAAGCUCUGUAGAACACCAUUAUAUCCUACAGAGCUUCUGUCAUGUGACCUGAGCCUUUUCUCCUUUGAAUGACUGCCUCCAUGGCUACACAGUCUAUGAUUAAGGGAGUUGCUCCCAAAACGCGUCAGGUGACGGUCUGGGAUCUGUUGCAAUAAACCGCCAUCCUUUUAAUCCAGAGUGCCGCCUUCUUUUUCUCUGAGCAAGUCUAAUUACAGUGGGAACGCUGGUGGUGGAGCACCUGGGAUAUAAAUGGAGCUGCACUAAGGAGAACACACACAAGGGGUGAGUUUGGAGCGGCCCAAUCCUUUUUUGACUUUGAGUGUUUAAUAUAAACAAUAAUAGUGUUUCUGAAGCAAACACACCAGUUGUACCAGUGCAGGGCAACACUGCAAUAUAUUGCAAUAACUUUAAAACACUUUUUUUGGUUUUACUGUUUGUUUUAAGUGAUAUAUAACCCCCAUUCUGACAUGAGCUCAUUUCAUUGGGCUCCAUUAGUUAGUUAGUCUGCCUCUGACUUACAUGGAUCAUUUUCCACCCCACCUUAGGCUAGCAGAGUCAUUUAACCUCUCCCUCAACUUGUUUCAUGUUGAAGAACCCGUUAAUUGACAAUGGAACAAGGUGAAGGAGGGGUUCAGUGACUUUCAUUCUUUGGCAAUUCAGACAGGGUUUCCAGACCCUAUCUGAUUAAAAUAAUAAUCGAAUCAGCCAAUCCUUGCAGAUGAAACACCAUGUCCUUGCUGCUGCUGCUGCUGCAAAGGAUUGAAUUGUGCUGCACAUCUUACUCACAAUGGCCUGUUUUCCAUUAUGUGUAUGGAACAAUUCCUCUGAUCUCUAACCUUCUCCAGCAGGGGCGGUGUCUGUAGGUUUCAUUAGAACAGCACUCCUAGUGGUCACUUCAAUAGAAGCUGCUGGCAUUUAUGUAAAAUAUAAAUAUGACAGUUAGGUGCAUACAAGUGAAGCCUUCGUAGGAGGAAGACACAGUAUUUACCAAUAAGACAGUUUAUU